ACUCUCAUCUCUGCUAGUGAACAUGAGAUUGAAUGUUCUCUUCCAUCAGACAUCGUUCUUACUCACUGGGUUAUGGACAACGUUGGGCACACAGUGGCUUUUUUAUAAGGGAGCGGCUAACAGUCUGAGUUUUCUCACUCAGUUGUCUUCUUAUAUGGGCAUGAUAUUGGUGGGGUUGUUGAUCCCCUUGUUAUUACGGAAAAGGCAGGAAGCUUAUCAAGCUAUACGAUCCACUCUCGUUGAUAUGAAUGGUUUUGAGCUAGAAUCACAUGAUAGGGUCCAUAACACAGGUCCAAUCGUCAUUGAAAGCCCUGUAUAUCAACGGUCCGUGAUGAAGCUCGCCAUGGUAGAUAUCGUUGCGAAUAGCUGUGCAACACUAGGAUUUUCGUUAAUUGGAAGUGGGAUGUAUCAAGUCAUCUACAGCAGUGUGGUAAUUUGGUGCGCCAUACUCACCUAUCUAUUUAUGAAUCGCGUGCUUUCAAAGAUCCAAUGGGUUGCCAUCUGUGGUACAAGUGUUGGGCUGGCCAUCAGCUCACUGGAAAAUUUAACGACGAUCAAUGCCUCAGGCAAUACAAAAUUAUUGGCGUUUGGUACCCUUGUCACAUUGGCUGCGACGUGCUUUUACGCUUGUAUGUACGUUUAUUCGGAUCAUAUCUUGAGUAAGGAAACGCCGUCGCCACUGCCAGCCCGUGUAUGCUUCUUCACGGGUCUUUACACGACGUCCUUCACUGUUCUCUAUAUUCUUCUGUACACAUGGCCGCGAAUUGAUCAAAUGAUCAAAAUCGAUUCGAGCACCGAUUUACGCACGGUUGUGGCUGUGUAUGGGCUUCUGACUUUGGCCAACGCCACGCACGCGUGGAAUUAUUAUGAACUGAUUGAUUCUACAGGAAAUGCAAGUUACCCUCAUUGAAAAAUAUAAAACACAAUAUUGACCCUGAUAAUAGGUUGCGACUGGUAUCUUGCAAGCUUUACGUGCGAUCCUGGUGUACAUCAUUAGCCACCUUUGGUUUUGCGCAACCGACGCGGCUCAAUGUUUGACCAUGACCAAAGCCUGUGGAUCUUUGCUUGUGAUAGGAUGUGUGCUGCUUUUUACGCUGUCAAAAGUCGAUAACGGUGCAAAAAGUCACUGAGCGGCCCAUACACUGGCGCGUCAGGGUCCAUUUCUAUGAUUUCAGCACAUGACAUUGAGCAAAUGUGUACCCCCUCAUAUGUAGCCAAUAGGUGAAAAAAUUGACUUUUUCAUUGAAUAAAAAGAAGUUGAAUAAUCAAUCCAUC